AUGUCAAAACAGAGUAUUAUCUUUUACGAAGGCCGCAACUUCCAGGGCCGCCACUGGGAGUGCAGCAGUGACUGCAUGGACACCUUCAGGCACUUUAACUGCUGCAACUCCAUGCGUGUCAGCGGUGGUCACUGGGUGGCCUAUGAGAAGCCUCACUACAUGGGUUACCAGUACAUCAUUGGCCCCGGCGAGUACCCUGACUACCACUGCUGGAUGGGCUUCAACAACUGCAUUCGCUCCUGCCAGAUGUACCCCCCUUAUAGAGGAUCCUACAAGAUGAGGAUCUACAACAGGCCUGACAUGAUGGGACACACAAUGGAGUUCAUGGACGACUGCCCCAACCUGUACGAGCGCUUCCGCUACCGUGACAUUUACUCCUGCAACAUCAUGGAGGGUUUCUGGAUCUUCUAUGAGCACCCUAACUACAGGGGACGCCAGUAUUUCCUGCGCCCCGGAGAGUACAAGGCCUGUGGUGACUGGGGCUGCCACAACCCCAUGGUGGGCUCAUUCAGGAGGAUGAGGGCUGUCAUGUAA